AUGACACCAUGCCAGCCCCAGCACCAUCCCUGGACACCUUCCACCCACUUGCCCUUCUGCAGCUGGCUGCUCAUCACACUGGGUGAGCAAAGUUCCCAGGCAGGUAAUUCUACUGAACCCAAGACUCAGCCCAAAGAAGAAAACAAUUCAAAUCCCCAGGAGAAGCAAGAGGUCUGCAGACCACAAGGUAUUACUUACGAAAAGAUCAGCGGGUCUGCCGGUAGCAGGGUUCUGCUGACCUGUCCUAGCCCUUCAUGGGAGAGUCUGGUAACAGUAACUUGGAAGAUACGACCACGGAAGGGAGCUGACUGCAGCCUGGCCUACAGGGAAGAUACACACACGGUGGUCAGAACAGCCUGCAUUGAGAGACUGAACUGGAAUCCUGAACCAGAGCAGAAUUUUACCCUUCAGCUUUCAUCAGUGGAACUCACUGACGAGGACUUUUACAUCUGUGAAAUCAUAAGCAGUGAUGGGAACUUCGACCGAUGCUACCAUCUGACUGUGCUAGUCUCUCCCAAGGUCACUGUGAAUUGUGACAGAAGUGGCAAUGUGGUGUGCAAAGCAGCUGCAGGGAAACCAGCUGCACAAAUCUCGUGGGUCCCAGAAGUCUGUCACAGCACUAAGGAUGAAUCUCACCCCGAUGGGACAGUGACUGUUCUCAGCACACGCAUAGCUAACGCCACUGCAGACAGUCAAGUAACCUGCUCUGUCUCUCAUCCAACGGGAAACCAGAGCCUGUCCAUAGGCUGCCACUCAGGUAACGAAAUGGGUAAAGUGGGUCUUCUGCGGUGGGUCUUGAUUCUUCCUGGUCUCCUGAGCUUGCUGUUAAUAUUGGCUUUCAUCCACCUGUGCCUGCCCUGUGAUCACAGGUUUUGUCACAGAUCCCAAACUCUGGAAACCGGUCCCCCAGACAGCACUCCAGUAAGAAAGGCAAUAUAAACCAAGAUGACACCACAUUAUGGUCUGUGAGGAGAAAUUGUCAGAUUCUGCUUUCUGCAGCUGUUUUCCAUAAACUGACCACUAGACACUGACAUAUGCAAGACAGAACCAAUCAGUACCAUGAAUUAGCCUUGCAACACGUGCCUGUGUCGUGGUCCCUGUCUCAGACUAGGAUCCUUGGCAUCCAAAGGCAAUGGACUUUGCCAAGUCUCUCUCAUUACAUCUGUACAAGCUGUGCUGACAACAGCUGUGAUGCAGAUGGUUCUUGGACAGCCAGCAGGCCAUGGAUGCUAAAAGUCUCUGUCUGUCUCUAUCUGUCUCAAUUCAUUGUUAUAAAAUGAGAAGCAGGUACUGUUAAAUAAGUGUGACAUAAAAAUGGAGGUUACUCCCCUUAUUUCUUAGGGAGUGAGGAAGUUUACAUACACCUGGGGGCCCAAAGUUGGCAACCCAAGACAAAUUUUUUUUUUUUUACCAACUGCAUUUUUUUUUUUUACUAACAUAUAUUUUUAUAAAAAUGUGUUACAAACUUCAAAUAAAACCUUUCUGCCAGGAUCCGGACAAGGGCUAGUUUCAAUUUUAUGGCUCUAAUACCAACCAUACUAAAAAGUUUGGUUGUCAGUAAAAAGAUUUGCAACAUAUAGGUGCAUUCCCAUGAGCGUGCAAGUGUGGUUUCCAGUGCCUCUAGCUGUUUGAGGUGCCACAAACCACACACAGUGCAUGUGCACCCAUGCAACAUGCUAUUAAUUUGCAGCCUGGUGGGGUUUUUUUUACAAAAGGAAAUCUUGGUGCCAAAAAAAGCAGCGUGGUGCACAUGGUAGCAACAAGUGCUGCCUUAAACCAGAGCCUGGCUAGCCAGAGCCCAGCUCUGGCUGCUGGUCAGGCUCUGAGCGGCCAGCUCUGCACUGAUCAGAAGCCCCGCCUUGUCUUUUACAAUGGGAGUCUAGCAGACCUUAUGGACUGAUAUAACUGCUCUGCAGCACAAACCAGCUUGUAUCCAGCUCUGAGUUUAAAAUCUACUACCUCCUCAACCAUGCCAUGUUGAGGAGGCAUGGUUGAGUGGUGGUGGUGGUGGUUUGAGCAUGACAAUGACCAGUGGGUAAUACACCACAGUGUGAAUUGGCAAUGUAUUGGGUUGCUCCUCCAUUUCUUUCUUUCUGCAUAAAUGCUAACUACUGCAGGACACAGUGAGGCCAGUGUGUGUAUGUCUGCUUCUUCCUUUGUCCUGUAGCCUUCUGGGAGCUGUAGUGCAUGCUACAGUUCCUUCUCCCAGUCCCCUGGGGGUGCCCAGGAGCUGUAGUUCUCUGUACAACAUUACAGGACAAGACAGUAUCAUACAAGGAUACCAUGCCAUCUGAUACAGUCAUACUCGCUGAACAUGUGGCAGGUGCAGCAGAGGGAGGCAUGCUGUACUUCAGUAAGUGCAACACCCCUGGAGGAAAUGCAUACAGGAUCAUUAACCUGCCUACCGCUUGCACCCAGGGGAUCUUUCUGUGAGGAUGGAGAGCCAGCAAAGUAAAGCUGUCAUUAGCUUUAAUUAAUUGAGUCUGCUCUGACAGACUCAGAUACAGCAUAUUUACAGCAUGCCGGAGCAGGCUCUUGUCACAUCUACAGGCACCCUAAGGUGCCACCUUGCCCUGCCUUCUUCCUAUUACAAAGAAAAGCUAUGGUAUGUCGCAUAGUUCUAAGUUAAGCACACCAAAGUUAGGAAAUGCCCAAACGUUUCCGUUUUAAGCAUUCUCCAUCUGCCUUACACCUGUGCAUGAGUGACACAGUGUUUAAUUCCAUCUGUCUCAGCCUUUUAUACCGAUAUCUGUUCAUGAAGUACUUGUGCACCUUUCACAUACAGUCAAUUGCACUAGGGAGGCUCUUCACUGAUGUGUUGAUUCUUAUCCUCAUUGAGGAUCAAAACUGCUGGUGUAGGGUGGUUUGGGAGUGUGUCUGGAUUUUUACACAGUACUUUUGGUUGGAUUGUACAUUAUGGAGCAGAACAGCAGCAGCACCAAAAUGGUAAGUGUGCAACUGAGGGAGUGUGGCACCUGUUCUUAACACUUUAAUAUUUCAGAGGUAACUUCCCUAUUUCUUAUAAUUGCCACUUCCAUUCCAGAAGCACAACAAAUAAUGCAGGCAGACACUGCAUGCCAGACCUACCCCCCAGGAUAUGCAACAUCCUGGGUGAUAUAUAGGUAAUAUCAGAAAUAUCCCACUGACUUUGUAAACUUUAUAGGGGGGAGGUGAAGAGGGUGGUAUUUGGACUCUGAGCCAAAACCCAUCCUUUUCUUCUUUCUUGCCCUGCAGAAGACUUUCAAGAUCAGAAAUUGAAAAGGAUGAAUAAAGGAAAGCAUGAAUCCUUUAUAACAGUACAAGAAAUAGAAGAACAUAGUAAAUAAAAUGAAAGUAGAAUAGAAAUAGAUAUACAUAGGUAGCCAAGUAUCAAUAGGUGAGUAAAUAGAUAGUGUGUAAAUGAUAAAUAGUUUUAAAUAGUGUAUAUGUUUAAAUAGGAUGUAUAGUGAACAAGUAAACAGAUAAUGUAUAAAUAGUGUAUAAAUAGAUAAUGUAUAAAUGCUAAAUAGCGUAUAGAUAUAGGGGUUCAGGGAAGCUAAAACCUGACUAUUUUCUUCUCUUUUUCUACUAAUUGAACAGUUUUUUACAAUUUUUUAGUUAAUUUUUUUAUUUUAAAUAAUGCCUUUUUUCUGAGAAAAAAAGACAUGUAAAUGCACCUAAUUUUAUUGUUGAAGUAAAGAUUUGAAAUCCACAUAGUUCCUUCUGGAUGUUGCAUGUUUUUUUUCAUAGGCAGCUUGGCAUGCAUAGCAGUCUGUGUGCUUUGGGGGUGGGUCUGAGAGGUCAGGACCAUGCCCACCUCAGCAUGGGGAAGCCUUGCUUGGGGGCGUUUCUGGAGUGUUGGGAUUACUUGAAGACAGCAGCAGGGUGGAUUGGUAUGUGAGGUCCAAUGCUUGUGCAAUGGUUGUGUUGCCCCCCGAUCCCAAUGUACAAGAAUCCUGGCAAGACAGACUCCUGAGGGGGCAGCACCUUUUGGUAGCCCCCCACACAGAGUGCCCCAUCCUAAACCCAACAAGAAAAAUUGUAAAUACUGUGCCAGGGGACAGCCUUAACAUUUGAAAGAAGGCAACUAACAACUUCUCAGACUAUCAUGAGCCUAUGCUUGGUUUUUCUUUUUUGCAUCACCUCCACCACACUCUUUCCCUGCCAGGCAGGGGGAGCAGCUCAUCCCACUUUCCAAGCACCACCAGGCAGGUCUCCUGUGCCCACACAUGCUGCAUGGAUGCUGGGCAGUGUGGUGGAGUAGGGUGUUCGGGGUCCCUGCCAGGUGGGGGCAGCUGUCCUGGGCAUGGGGCUCCCUGGGACCCAAGGAAUCUUAAUCCACCUCUACACCACCCCCACCCCAACCCCCGGCCCAAUCUGCCAUGCUGCUGCUCAGCUUGGGCAGUCAUCCCUGCUGUUUCAUGGGAGGAUACAAAAGACAGGAGGCAGAUCAUUCAUUGUCUUUUACAUAAAAAUCCUUCAAAUUUUUUGUCUCCUUUUUGUUUUUUUCUCAUUAGUAAAACCAUGAACAAGUUACAUUUGUAGAAAUGCAAGCAUUGACAGUACCACCCAGCCCACCCCCCCUGCUGCAGGACAGUUAACAGACAGGGGACCCCAAUACCAUUUGGGCAGCAGUACCCCAUAGUUUGCGGCAGGCACCCCUGCAGGGCAGAGCCAGGAAUGCAAGGAGGCGGGGGGGGGGGCGCGGUUUAAGAGACAGACAUGUAACUGGAGCACCAUUUAAUGUUGAAGUACAGUGUAGAAAUUCAUACAGUUCCUGAAUUGGCAUUUUUCUUUCGUAGGCAGACUGGGGGCCGGGCGGUGGGGGAGCUGGGUGGCCACUCAUCACACUGUCCAAUUAUUUCUAAUGAUUACUGCUACCAGACUCAGACACUGAGCAGGCAGGUGACCCUAUCCACUUCGUUCUGCAUUCACAUUUGCGUAACUUAAUAGCUUUUGGUUAGUCACAACUAGCAUUGACCAGUCAGAAUAUUUUAACUGGAGCAACAAAGACUUAUUCGUCUGUGUUUGUUUGCAGUUUUGUUUUUGUAUGGUUUGUGUUUUUGCCAGCACCUUGACACUGACAGUCUUUCUCCUUGAAUCUUGAUAUUUGCUUUUGUCUUUGUGUUACUGUGUUUGUGUUUUUUGCAUUUUUGUGGCUGUGUUUUUUCUAUUUUUGUGUGCAUGCUUGUUGUUUGUGUUUUUACAAUUUUUCCUUGCUUGUGUUUGUGUGAUUGUAUGCUUUGUGAAUGCUGAUGCUUUUAUGCAUAAGUAUAGCAGUAGUCACUUCUUCAGAAUACAUGGGAAAUGUAGUCCUUAUACAGAAAGAAAAAAAUGGAGGACCUAGCCAAUACCUGCCCAACCCUCAUGCACAGUUUGGUGCACUACCCUCGUGGUAGUGGUGGUGCACAUACCACCACCACUAUCUCCAGUCUCUUAUGUGCUCCCCCGCCACCCCCAGCUCUGGGCCCAGCCCCCUGCUUGAAACUGGGGAGCAUAGCAUCAUAAACUUAAUUCAUUAUUUUAAUUAGACUUUAACACAUUUUAAAAUAAAAUUUAAAAAAUCAAAUAUUUUAAAAUUAUUUUAUAUAUUUUUUGUACUCAUGUUGUGUCUCUUAAAAAGAAAGGCUGAGUGCCCUGGGUUGGGAACUAACAAUCUGAAGCUUUCCCUACCUAUGUGUCACCUGUUGCUGGUCUACACUGAGGUCCCCUCACAUUCACCUGUACCCCGCGGUGUCAGACUCUGCGCUUUUACAGCUCUGUGUUAGAGAGGAGCUGAUGAAAAACUGUAAGUGGAAAACAAGGCAUUCAGGCUGGACUGGGAAAGAACCUGAAAAUCUAUUUAAAUGCGCCAAACCAGCUUUCUGCCUUUCCCUGCUUGCCUCUGCCAGCCUGAGCUGUGGGCAGUAGCAAGCACUCCUGUGGGAAAGGAAGGACGAGGGAAGGAGAGGAGAACUCACAACACGCUGCUUGGAAGAGACUGAAUCCGUUGGGGAUCAUUUCUAGGUGCUCCAGGCUUGCUGUCCUACAUGAACCUUGGCCCAAGAGCAUUUUUUCUCCCUCUCAAGCCAGGCUUGUGAGCCGUACUACUACUUGCCACCUUUUUCAUGCAGUUAUUUUUGAUUUAGGAUUUUUAGGCAGGGGUUAUACUAGUUGAGAAACUUGUUACUUCUCUGCAGGGCCUCAGUUCGAUCAUCUCCUGAGGGGAAGUUCUCGGGGCCUGCCUGCAUUCAUCUACUGCAGUGAUUCUCAAGCAGGGUGCUGUAGCACACGGGUGCCUGGGGAUCCUUUUCCGGGUGCCACACAAUGUUAGCACUGCCGGGGUGCAGACAUGCUGCACAAGAUCGACCAGAGAUUGCAAACAGGAAUCCAGAGCGCCCGAACCAUUCUGCCCUGUCGUGGCCUCUGAGUUCGUUGCGGCAGAGACUGCUCUGUUAUUUUUUAUGUAGUCAAAAAACAAGUGAAAACUAAGAGCUGGCAUGUUCUGAGGGGAGCCCUGGAUUUAAGGAGGUUGAGAACCACUGAUCUACUAGAGAAAGGUCCACCCUCCCAGUCAGGACUAGGGAAGCUUAUACACGUGAUGCUGAGGUGAUGUACAUACAAAAAAAAAUUCCCUUUGUGUGGCUUAAUGGCUUCACACUUUACAUGUACAUGAGUUUUGUGGGGUUUUAAAUUAGUUGUCAUCAUUACAAACUUAAAGCGCAUCCAGAUGUAGUUUAGUUUGCAAUGUUGCAACUUGCAAUGAUACAACCAUAAAUCUGUCACAUGUUCAUGGUGAUGCACUGAAUUAAAUGGACUGAGACCCUUUGUCCACUGGAUGUCGCUACAGUUUUUGUGUAGUGAGCCCUCUUGUCUACCACAUAUCCCUACAAUUUACAGGUAUUUUUGUGUAAUGAAUGUUUUAGUGUAGUGCAGGUGUAGCUGCAGAGCCAGACAUGAAUCAAUCUUCUGCUGACCUCUUUUUAUUACUUUAUUAAACAAGUAAUUUAAAGAAACCAAUCAGUGCUUGUCAUCUCCUAUUCUGCUUGGUGUGGGGGUGUCCAAAAGGCCCUAGGGUGUGUUCAGGAGUUGAAGAUCGGGGUGAUCCCAGACUCUUUUGGAGAUUGGUAUUUGUCUAAAUCUAUCUCUUACGGAAAUCUAUCAGUGUCUGCUGUGUAUGUGCUCCCUUCUCCAUUAUCAGGGAUAAUGUGGUGCCUGGUGUACCCUGACUCCCUCAGUGCUAUUAUAGAAAUACCUCACAGUGAAGCUUGCUAUUGUCAGUAAAGCAUACUAGUCUUCUGCUCUGAGCAUUUAACACCUAAUAGGAGUUUAAUGGGUCCCCAAAGUUCCCUUGCUGUCCAGAGAGCUGGUGGUCUUUGCAACAACAGGAAAGGUUAGCUCUGGCCUUGUUGGGUAUGUUCUGCUCUGAGCAACUAACACCCAAUUGCCAGUGCAAUUGCACAGCUUAAGCUAUGGACAUUGGGGAUGAUGAUCUUUUCCUCCCCACCUUUAGACUGGGAUCGUGCAGGGAAGGGGCUGUCUCUGUACAGCCCCGAGCAUAGUAGGGUCAGGAACUCAGUAGGGGCCUCCAAAAGCCUGCUGUUUCACUGCCCUCCCAUUCUCUGUGCUGUGGCCUGCAUGCAUGAUGGUCCUUGGACAUUGCUGCAAGGGCAGCACUGGCUAAAACCCUUUGCUGUUCUCCACUCAGGCUGCCGCAGUCUGGCCCAAGUACACAAGCUCUAAAAAUGCCUUGCGAGACUUUGCUGAGACCCACGUCUUGUUUCAUAUAUCUCCGGUUUGUCAGAUUUUCCCAAAACCAAAGUAGGGGUCCUGGGGCAGACCCACGAGAUGCACUCUUCCAGCACUGUGCAGGGACAGUCUCCAGUGCGGCUCUGCCCCAGAGCUGCAGUCUAGAUACUCCAGGACCCUGAAGGCACAUGGGUCUCCAGCCACAGGAGCUUUCUCUGGGCAGUUAUAUUUGAACCAGGACUUCAUUCUGGCAAACCUGCAGACCCCAGCUAGAGUCAGCCCUCUGAGUCUUUCUAAGCUCCUUGCUUUAGAGUGGAGAACGGGAGCAUCAUCAUUUUAUAAAAGCUGUUCUGUGGUUUGGUUAAUUAUGGUUAAUACUUGGUUUGUAAAUAAAAGUUUCUAUUUGCUUUGUUUAAUUCUUCACUUCAUGUGAAGUCUGGGAGUGUGAAGAAGGGAAGUGUGGAUGGGCAUGGGUUUUCUGGCUUGUAGGGUGACGGGCUUGCAUGAGCUACUCAGAGGGGCACGCCAGCCUCUUCCCAGUGUGGGGGCUGAGCAGGGGCUGCCUUGAGGGUGGGAGCAGGGCAGGCUCAGCUGCUGCAGUGUGCACAGGGUUGUUAAUGCUCAUGUCCCUAUUCACCAAUCCUUAAUUCUGGGUUUCCCCAUUUCAGUGUUCUGCUCAGCACAUGUUUUUUUUUCUGCUGAGCAAAUGUCAUCAACAAACAGGUGUAGGAAGACUUGGGGCAUUUCUGACUGUGAUAUUACUUGAUUGUUCUGGCACCUCAAUAUCUGGCAUAGCUCUUGAUAUGCCUAUUCAAAAAAAGCACAAGGACCUCACACCCACAUUUCUUCCCUGGCUUCUGCCAGAUUGGAGGUAUUUGCUGGGGUGGUACUUUGUGGUGGGUCUACUCAUUGUUCCACAAAGCACUAUUAUCUGCAGCCCUGGGCAGAUCAUGGGUUUUGAUGUGGGGGAUGCUUUUGGCUGUGAGGGGUGACUGGCUGCCCUUGGGGUUUGCAGUUUGUCCUUUCAGUCUUCUGCUCAGUGCCUGCUUUUUUUUCACUGAGUGCUUCUUCUGUUGGGAGCAGUGUCUUGACACAUGGGUCACUCAGUUGCCUGCUAUUGUGCCAUGGCAUACACAGGUCUUGUUUAGUUAUGGUUAAUAUUUGAUUUGUAAAUAAAAGUUUCUAUUUGUUUC